AUGUCGUUGUUGGACAGGCUUCGAUGGCACACGUUCUCGCAGACGCACCACGAUGCAGCAUCUACGGAGGGCAAAAGCGGCGUCCCACGAUUCGAUGGCGAAUCGGCACGUCUGGCCGAGUACAGCUUCAGGGUGAGGUUGAAGCAGGCGCGUGAGAAGGCAAUGGCGCCGGAAGAACUGAAGAAGAUGGGGCCAUUGGGCAUCAGGCUCAUAGAUGGUCUCAGAGGGCCCGCCUUGCAGGUAGCCCGCAACCUCGCCGUGGACAAGCUGGCAGGCGAUGAGCGACCGGACUAUUUGCUCCAGUCCAUGCAGACGAUGCUACAGCCUCGAAGCCGCGAAGAAGCCCGAGAGCUCUACCAGGCAGGAGCGCAGCAAGGAGGACCUCUAUCCCGACAACACGGUGAGAGCAUUCCGAGCUACGUUCUCCGACGGAAGGCUUGGUAUGGGCUGAUGACCGACUUGGACCCCCAGCUGACUUUGCCCGAUGGCAUUGAGCUGGUGGCGCAACACUCUCGCAUCCAUGAGCGGGAGUCCAGACAUCAACAAGGAGGACUACAUGGAGGCAGCAGCAAGGGCAAAUUCUACAACAAGGGAUCCAACAAGGGCUACAACAAGAGCAAGGCACCAUGGAGGUCGUAUUAUGCUGAAGACGAACGAGAAGAAGCGUGGGAGAAUGCGUCCCAGUCGCUGGGAGGCUAUGAGGACUACGAUGACGCGGCCUACUAUGGGGAGAAUGCGGAGCACUACAACGAUGACUAUGAGGACCCGAUCUACCAGGCGUUCCAGGCGAUGAUUGAUGAGGGCCUGGACGAGACCAACCAGGAGUCCAUUGACCAUGCCUCCCACAUCCUUCAUGCCGAGAGGGAGGUGUUCUACGCCAGGCAGAAGGCGCAGGAGACAGGGCACUAUGGCUUUUGGUCUCAAGGACGCAGCUAUGAGGUCAGAGGCAACCUGAUGCUGGAGGAGAAGAAGGCCCGCAUUCAGGCCAUGAAAGCAAAGACCACAUGCAGGCGAUGUGGGCGGUAUGGACAUUGGGGCGAUGAUGCAGCAUGCCGCAAGAACGUGCGCAAAGGUGGCAACAAGGGCAAAGGACCGAAGGGAGCUACAUCGUCUACUACCAGUACGAUACCCUCUAAGGGCGGCAAAUCUGGCAAGAGCAAGGGCCAGGACAAGCCGAGAACGGUGUACUUCACGGUCAACGAGUACGAGGAGGACAAGGCCACCGCAUCCACUGCCUACAUGGUUGUCAAGGUGGAGGACAAGAGCGCAGACGAGAUGCUGGACGAGAUGAUUCGAGAAGCUCAGAUCCGAUCUCAGGUGGAGUCAAUGCGGCCUGAGAAUCUUCCACAGCGACUCCAAGAUGAACACGCAGCUCUGGUGGCUCAGUUGAGUGCGCCAGAAGAUAUGUGGCAGAGAUCAGCAUCGAGAAUGUGCUACCUGGACCUCUACCUGGCCCGCUACGAGAAUCGACAAGAUCCAGAGUGGCAAGACGCCUAUCAGGAGAGAUGGUCAGAGAUGGUUCAGGCAUCACUGAAGAUCAACGACGAGCUCUACGUGAUGCCGAACGACGCCAAGCAGAACAAGAACAUGAUCUACCACGAGCCGCCGCCAGAGAGCCCAUCGCCGUCUGGAGUCUGCCAACAUGUGAGGACAACCAAGCAAGGUUCCAACCCUCACUCACGACAGGUGAAAUGCAGAGACCGUGGAGCAGUUCUGGAGAAGGAGAAGUUGGCCAAGUCCGAGCAGAUGAAGACAGAGGAUGAGCAGCAGUGGAAGCACGAGAUCAAGGACUACAGAGGAUCAACGAUGACGACAUGGAAGUGGACGUGCCAGAAAUGUGGACACGUCGAACGUGGAAACAAACAGCCUGGACAGACCGCACGUGAAGCCGCAGCGACACCUUCACCUGCUUCUGUGAGUCCAGCCCCAACGACACCGCUGGACGAUGAUGACAGCCAGGCGGAGGAGAUCAUGAACUUGGUGCACCACGUCAUGGAGGUGCAACGAGAGCUGGGCGUACACGUUUCAGUGCAGCAGCUGGACAAGAUCUACGACAAGUGCAAGGAGUCUGUGGUGAGGCUGCUGGAUCAGGAGACAUUGACGGCUGGAGUUCAUCGAGGGCGUUCCUACAACGAGGUCUAUGUCGGCGAGGUCUCCUACACCAAGAUGUUGAUCGGCAAGCUGAAGAGUUGCACUCAAAGAUCAGAAGCCUAUGCCGUGAACUAUGGCGGCAACAUGGACGACAAGGUUUUGGCAGUCUUGGAGUACAUCCCCGGCACCAUCACUUCCAUUGAGCUGGAGGACAGCGAUGUGCCUCUACUUUUGAGCUCAGGAGCACAGAAGACUUUGGGAUUGGUGAUCGACAUGGGCAAGCACACAGCCUACAGCAGGAACUUGGACCGCGAGCUGGAGCUCUUGGACUACAAUGGUCUUCCUGCUGUGCGACUACAUCCUGGAGAAGUUCGACCCGGCAGCAUCGCUAUGACCGCCACUGUGGAUGAGAACAUGACUGACCCCAACGACACCACGGAGUAUGUCAUUGUGCCUGACGAUGACGAGACGAUUGAGGAGCAGCAGCGAGAGGAGAAGCGGCGAGAGGAGACGAUCGAGAAGGCAGAAGUGCGACACAUACCAGCAGUGGAAGGCAGUGUCAAGGUCCUCAACAAGAAACAGAAGAAGCACUUGCAGGAGCCUUUGAGGAUGCUACCCAAGGGCUGCAAGACGUUUCUCAUGGAGCUCUUUGCAGGAGCUGCGACAUUGAGCUACAUGGCAGUUCACAUGGGUUUCAGCAUCUCAUCACCCGUCGACGUCAUCUAUGACAACCGCUAUGACCUCUUGCAGAAGGCUAACCGAGACAAGAUUGACCGGAUGAUCGAGGAGGACGAUCCCUUUCUGCUCUCCAUGAGCCCCGUCUGCGGACCUUGGAGCUCUUGGCAAAAUGUCAGCAUGAGCAAGUCUGAGGAGCUCUACAACAAGAUCAUGGCCGACCGCCAAAGCUGGUAUCCAGUGCUCAAAUGGCUGGCUGGAGUGGUGCGCAAGCGGAUUGAGAAAGGCAGAGAGAUCGUGCUGGAAAACCCUUGGCCAUCAUUGCUGUGGAAGCUACGCUUCAUGGAGGACCUCUACACGGAGCCACUCAUACAUCCAGUCACAGGAGGACCUGUUGAACUUUGCAGACUGGAUCAAUGCAUGUUUGGACUUGAAGGAGAAUCUGGACUUCCUCAUCAGAAGGCCACUGGGAUGCUUCUAUCGUCAGGCGAGAUGAAGAAGUACCUGACGACCCGGUGUGACAAAAGCCACGACCAUGAACCCUUGGAAGGAGGCCAGAGGACGAAGCGAGCACAACAAUGGCCAGAGGAUCUCUGUUUUGCGAUCAUGUACGGAGCCCAGGAGGAGUUGCGCAAGCAAGUUUUGAAGCUAGGUUUUUCCAUGGAGUAUGAGCAGGAAGAGCGAGAGGAGCAAGGACCACUGGAUGCAAUCAACAACAUGGACGACGUGAGUGAGAUGCCAUGGAAGAGAAGGAGGAUUGACCUACAGGAGUUGGAUAGAGAGAAAGACUAUGAGGAAUAUGCGCUGGACAAGGAGGAGGAGCUGGUCGCGCAGAAAGAACGAGAUCGACGACAAGGAGGAGGUGGAACUCCCUCAUCUCACGUUUGCGCCGAAGCCCUGAGCCUCUCUUGGAUCACACCUUUUGGAGCCCCAACGGUGCUGGUGAGCGACCAAGGAGUUCACAAUAGAGGCAAGCUCAACAGUCUUCUACAAGGACAUGGAGUUGAGGUGAGGAGGACAGGAGUUCAGGCAGCUUUCCAACUUGGAACUGGCGAGCGCCAGGGUGGCAUUCUGAAAGAGAUGAUGAACCGAGCGACCCACAGCAAACAACUUUGGGGAGCCGAGAUGAUUUCCGCACUUUGCGCUGAAUCAGCUCGCACCAAGAACGUCAUGCUGAACAGCUCUGGCUAUUCCCCAGCGCAAUGGGUGCUCGGACAAACUCCAGAAGAUGCCACUAGCCUCACUGGACAAUCCUUUGAUGCCAACAUGGGCGCGCACCAGAAGCGCGUGGACCUUGAGGAGGAGCCGCCUACGCACGAGACCUUCAUGCGGCAGUUGCUGAUGAGACAGGCUGCGAAGGAGGCUUUCCUCGACGUGGAUUCGUGCAACAAGGUGCGCAAGGCAUUGCUGAGGAAGAGUGUCCCUAUGAGAGGCCCAUAUCGAGUUGGAAACCUUCUCAACUUCCACCGCAAGGGCAAGUGGUACGGACCAGCAAGGAUGCUGGGAUAUCAAGGGACUUCAUCAAUCUGGCUGCUACAUGGAGGAGUUACACUACUGGUGCCAGAGACUUCAUGCCGUCCCACAUCUGCAGAGGAGAUUCACAAGAAGAACAUCCUGGAGCUACGCCCCAGUCGCAAACGAGGACGAGAGCUGGUGGCGGAGGAUGAGGACAUCUACAUUGAGGACUACAUUCCCUUUGCGGCGGACGGAGAUGGACGACUUCGAGAUCCACACGCCUACCGAUAUUGCCGAGUCCAUCGUGCCAUCACCAUCAAUUCUCAGACCCAACAAGCAUCAGAAUCUACUCCUUUGACGAAUGCGAUGCGAGUGAGCCCUGCGAGACUGGAUGGAGACCCACGUGCCUUUCACACAGAGGAGGAGAUCACAGCCUUGAAGAAGGAGAAGGACAUGAUUGCCUUCCUAGCCAGCCGACGAGCGAAGCAGGUAGCAACAAGGACGAGGAGGUACCAGAAGAAAAACCCAAAAGCAGGAGCCGGCAGAGAGGUCACCUACGAGAAGGAGCCGCCGGACAUCCAGGGGAAGAUGCGUGCAGCGCGAGAGAAGGAAUGGGCCAACUGGCAGAAGUACACCAAUGGCAAAUGGAUCACGGAGGCUGAGUUCAAGGAGAUGCAGAGGAAAGAUCCGAAGCUGAAAGCCAUUCCUACGCGCUGGGUGGAAACAAACAAAGCUGAGAUUGGGGAGCCAGCGGUGAUGAAAUCAAGGAUUGUGGUGCGCGGUGACUUGGAGGAUUCUUCCAAGAUGAGGACUGACUCGCCAACCGUCAGUCAGGUGAUGAUCGCCACCACCAUGUGCCUGGCCGCUUGCCGCGACACGGACGUUUGGGCAGGCGACAUCUCAGCGGCAUUUCUUCAAGGAUCCGCCAUGGACAGAACCCUGGUCCUCAAGAUGCCCAAAGGUCCACCCGGAGGAGAUCCACCAGGUGAUUACUAUGUGGUGACAUCCACCGUCUAUGGAACUAAGGAUGCGCCCAAGGGCUGGUACAAGAACCUUCAUCAAACGAUGAUUCAGAAAGGCUUCAAAGCAGUUCCACAUGAAGCCGCAGCCUACAGCCUGGUGAACGACAAGGGCGAGCUCGAGGGCUUAGCGAUCGUUCACGGUGAUGAUUUGCUAUGGACCGGAGGAGCCGAGGUGGAGAGAAGGAUGCAAGAGGUUUGCGAUGUGUAUAAGUUCGGCAAGGUGGAGAAGAACGUCUUCAAGUAUUGUGGACGUGACGUUGUCAAGGACAAGGAUGGAAUCCACAUCACAUGCCCGAACUUGAUUGACCGCAUUCGGCCUAUCUAUAUGACGGCGGAGGAGCGCAAGAAGAAGGAGGCAAAGAUUACGGAGGUGCACAGGCAGCAGCUGAGGAGCAUCAUUGGAUCUCUUGCAUGGCUGGCACGCGUAUGUCGACCAGACCUGGCCUACGCUGUGAGCAAGCUCCAAUCCAAUGUGCACACCGCCACCUUCGAGGACAUCGGCUAUGCCAAUACGGUCAUUGCCAUCGCCCACAAGACCAAGACCGCAGGAAUCCAUUAUCCUCUUCAAGCAUUUCGCUUCGAGGAUGCGGUGAUCAGUGGUCUACAGGAUUCAAGCUUCGCCAACGACGGCAUCAAUGCCGGGCAGAUGGUCCGUCAGCAACGGGUCACCAACCUCUUCUGCUUGAAGCCUCCAUAUCUGUUGCCUCACUCCACUCAGAUCGAUCGCCAGCCUCUUGUCCCCAACAGU